AUGGCUCGUCUUCAGCACUCUCGAGCUCGACAAAAGGGUAAACCAAAUAUGUGGUCUGUAUUGAUUUCAGCACUUGUACUGCCGCAGGCUGUGAAGUCCUUCGACAACUCGCCUGCGGUACAGCUCCCCAUUCUUCCGCCACCGGCGCCCUUGGACCAGCCGGCGCUGUCCUCCGAGCCAUAUCAGUUUUCACUCCGUCAUAUAUUCCACCGCGGAACACAUCGACAUCCCGACUUAUAUGAAAGACUCGAUAUUGAACCCAGCACCCGCUUGUUGCUUCUAUCGGAAGAUGGCACCAGUGAGGAGUCCUCCGAGGAUGAAGCGCCCUUGGUCGCUUCUUCGAACCCCGUCACAAUACAGCGCUUGGCAGAUCGACGAGUUUCUGUGAUUCAAGAACAUUUGAGUGCUGCACGGGUAUCAGGCAUGGCAACGGCGUCGUCACCAGCGGAUUGGGUUAUGGAUACGAUCCCUGGGCCAAACGUCAGCGAUAAGAAUACCGUCAUGACAUUUGCGCGAAUGACAGCGAAUGAUUAUAUUGAAGUUCCCGGAACAGAGGACUGGCAAAACAUUCAUGGGCCAUUCAACUAUUCCAAUAGUUUUGGAUGGAAGCUCGAUGGUCUUCGUGGUCAUAUCUAUGCCGACCAGACUAACAGCACGGUCGUGGUGUCUCUGAAAGGGACUUCUCCUGCGUUAUUCGACGGAGCCGGGACCACUACUAAUGACAAAGUCAACGACAACUUGUUCUUCAGCUGUUGUUGUGGGCAAGGAGGCUCGUAUUUGUGGCGGCAGGUCUGUGACUGCCAAACCGCCACUUACACCGCCAACUUGACUUGUAUAGUCGAGGCUAUGAACGACGAGAAUAAGUACUAUAAAGCAGCCAUCGAGCUCUACUCCAACGUGACCGAAGUAUAUCCCAACGCCAAGGUUUGGUUGACCGGUCAUUCUUUGGGAGGUGCUAUGGCCAGUCUUCUGGGCCUAACGUUCGGUCUCCCAACUGUUACCUUUGAGGCGGUUCCUGAGGCUUUGCCUGCGGCUCGACUUGGUAUUCCAAGUCCUCCCGGACAUGACUCUCUCCUGCCUCAAAAACGAGGCUUCACAGGCGCAUAUCAUUUUGGACAUACGGCAGAUCCAGUGUAUAUGGGCACGUGCAACGGAAUCAACUCCCUUUGCACCUGGGGUGGAUAUGCGAUGGAAUCUGCUUGUCACACCGGCCAAAUGUGCACAUACGAUACUGUCGGGGACAGAGGCUGGCGGGUGGGCUUGGGCACCCAUAAAAUCAGGAACGUUAUUCGGGACGUCAUUAAAGUCUACGACGAUGUACCGUCCUGUGCGCCCGAGGAAGAGUGCUAUGACUGUGUCUUGUGGAAGUUCUUCAAAAGCAAUGGCUCUGAGAUUACAACUACGACUACCAAGACUACGGCCUCUCCCACGCUCACGCGGACUUCCACCUGCAAAACUCCAGGCUGGUGGGGUUGUCUCGAUGACUCGACCACAGCCACGGCUACCACUUCAACUACUACGACUUCUGAAAUUACUACCACCAUGACAACGACGACAUGUCAAACGCCAGGAUGGUUUGGUUGUAACGACCCGACAACAACAACUGUGCCUGUGACCACUACGUCCAGCUCGUCGACUUCCACGUGUCAUACCCCUGGCUGGUUCGGGUGCAACGACCCAACAACCACAACCAACCACAUGGUGACGCCAGCACCAACAAUGACAGCGCCAUCCCCUGCAAAGAGCUCCUCGACUUGUCACAAUCCAGGGUGGUUUGGAUGUCGAGACCCAGUGUCCGCAACGACCAGCGUCUGA